CGAAAAUUCGCGGGAGGGAGAUUGCCCGGAAACGACUUGUUUUCUUCGCCACCAACACUCCUUUUUCCGUGUCUCGCGCACUGCCUCUCUGACGGCUUUCCCCGUUCCCAACAGAGGCGGUGGAGCGCAGGGAAGUUUGUGGCGAGUUUCUGAGGAAAUCCAGGAGAACGUGGACAAGAUGCUUCACUGUUUUCAAAGACACUUUCGAUCAAGUUCACUUCGCUUAUGUUCGCCGUCUGUCUCUCUGCUGGAAACACCACAGCUGUUGGGGACGGCGCCAAGGGCAAGACAGGCUCAGGAGAGACCCCUGCUUGGCCGCGUUUCUUCCACUUUCGGAGUUCGCAUGUUCUUCCUCCGGUUCUUCUUUCUUUCUGAACACGCUGUGUGGGUAUCGGUAUUUAUAGAAAAAGAUUCCUCGUCAAAAACGCAAUUCGUAGAAGUCGCGUGACUGAUGGGGCAAAGUUGUCUUUUCCAGUGUUCUUCCUUUGGGUGUUUGAACUUUUAACACGUUUGGGUGCCUCUCCGGUUCGCAGAAACCUCUUGACGACCACUGACCUUCCCGUAUUGGUUCCUGCUUUCCUCUCUCACCAGCUCACUUGCUUCCGUCACUUCGCUGCUGUUCCUCUCGUUCCUCUCCUGUCUUUUCCUUCCCGGCUUCCUCGCGCUGCUUUCUCUCAAAGACACAACCUUCUCUGCAUUUCAAGUUCUCCAGAAGUAUGGAGUGACAAACGCACUUUGUUACCCACCAAGGUAAAGAUGCCCCUGAGAAUGCCUCCCCAGGUGUCGAGACACCUGCGUGCUUGCUGAGCUCGAGGAAAGUCAAUUUCCCUCCCGCCUCCGAAAGGGGAGAGACAGGCCGAGCCCAUCCGAGGUCUCUCGGGUUCCUCCCGUCUCUCCCCCCUCUCUUUCUCUCUUCUUUCUGCUGUCUCCUGGUUCCCUUCGCUUCGCUUUUAGACUCGCCUUGGCUCUUCUCCUCCUCCCCUCUCGGUUCUUCGUCGUUUUCGAUCUCCUUCUCUCUGAAUCGCCUCUCUCUUGGAGGGUGUCGGUGUCCUUCUCGUCCUCUGCCCUCCCCAACUGGUUCCGCAUGGCUACCAGGGUGAGUAUCACGAUACGGAGGCCACCGAUGAGUCCCUUGAACAUUUCAGUACACCCUUCUGGUCUGCUUCUAAGACCGUCCCGAUCUCUUCUGUCGCAAAGUCCACGACAACGAUCGACCAAGAAGACUCCACGCUGGAGAGAGAAGAACAGUCCACUCCCUUCUGCACCGCCUUCUCCUUCUCCUUUUCUUCUGCGGAGACACGCGACAGGCUGCUGGACGGCGUUUGCCUUCGAGCUGGUGUGUUGACUCCCGCGUCGCCUGCCUGAACUUUUUUGAGAGGAAGAACUUUGCCGCUUAUGGAGACAGAGCCGCCGGCUCUUCCCUCAGGACGCCUUCGGGAACUGUCCGUCUUUCUCGACGGAGACGCGAGGGGAGAGGCUGCGUUGCUGAGAGAGAAGAAACGCCUUGCAGCGACCAGCUUUGAGCCUGAGCCAGGUGUCUGUACACCUGACGCAGCUGUCACCUCGCCUCCGAUUCGCUACGAAACGACACUGUUUUCUUCGCUGCCUGGAAGCCCCAGCGUAGCUGCAGAGCCGCUCGACUCUACCUCUCCUGACACAGCUCUUGAGACGAAGGUCUUUCUGGAGGCGCAGUCUCGACGCCUCUCGCUUGCUUCCUUCGACCCCACUUCUCUCUUCCUCAGGUCUCCCCCUCUUUCUUCUCUCUCCUCGAGUUCUUCUCGCUGUUCAUCUUCUUCCUGUUCGUCUUCUUCCCCUUCUUCGUCUUCUUCGUCUGCUUCGUCCGCUUCGUCUUCUGUCCACUCGCCUCGCAAGUCGAUAGAGACUCUCUCUUCUCCCUCUGGGGCUUCUUCAGUGUACAGACAACCGCGAGCGAACGAGAGGCCCAGCAUGAAGCGGCAGCGGCCGCCUGCGCUUGUCGUGCCUUCGGUGGUUCGCCAUGGGGGCGCGGAUCCUCGAGAGAAAACGGGGGGAGAGCCUUCUCCGCAGCGCGUCUCCCCGCAGCGCGUCUCUCCGCAGCGCGUCUCUCCGCAGCGCGGCCAGCACUCACGUUCUCUCCCGCCGCUGCCUCCAUCGACAAGCCAGCGGAUGCCCGACAGAUCCGCACCCUCGGUCGCCUCACCGCGUUCUCUUGUCUCGACGAAAGGCGCCGCGAAGGGGGCACCGAAGGAACGCACUCCUGUUCGCGACGAACUCUCGAAGAGAAAAGAGAGAAACGCAGAUCUGCGAGCUAACUCAGCUGCCAAGGCAGCCUUGAGCUUCGCUUCGAACUUAGUGUCGAGUUCUCCUGGUGAGUCGUCGUCGGAUGCGGGGUCGGAAGAGAAUGUGAAGGUCUCCCCGAGGAAGAAGAAGGGCGGUUCCGCCGAUGCGCUGGCGCCUUCGAGUUUGGGAGAGACGUCCACUUCUCUCCUGGAGAAGGAGAGCUGCGGCGCGAAGGAGGAGAGAUGCGGUGUGAAGAAGCCUGGAGAGUCGCGAGGCAGAGGCGCAACUCGCACCUGCAUGCGUUUGACGGUCUGUCAGCAGACCGCGCCGGCGCCGCGGUCGCCUCCUCCACCACGUCCGCAUUUGAUUCUUCCAGCUGUCUUGGGCGACCCGAUUUUCAGUGUGGAUUUGGAUGCAGGCGUCGGCGUCGUCGCUGGCAGUUUGCUUGGGCGGGUGUCUGCUCACCUCUUUGGUCGCCAGGGGCAGCCGUCUGGCGACUCGGGUGUCUCUGCACCGUGCUCGCCGCCCCUCGCACUUCUGUUUGCGUCUCCCGCGAAGGCAAAGCGCGCGUCGUUCUCCAGGCAGCGCGUCAAGAGAUUCCUCGAGGCCAUGCCGGGAACAGAGAGUUUCGCGAGCGUGAAAAACGCGGCGGAGAAAACGCGGCGCGUAGCCUAUAGCGUCCUCUGGAACUCUCUUCAUCCGACAGCCGUCACACGGCCUCCGCCUCUGCAUCCGCACUGCUACUGCCAAGAGAGCGAGAAGAAGAAGGUGCAAGAAACUGCGGAGGAGAGGGAGGAGAGGGAGAGCAAGGCGAGGCAAGAAGACCGACGAGAGAGGGAGCCCAGAGGGGCGGAAGGGCCAGAAGGGAACGCAGACGAGACUUACGCGAACGGAAUUCGUCGCGGAGGAAAAGCGACGGCGGGGAGGAGAAGUGACGGCGGGGAGAGCGAAGAAACUGGAAGAAAGGCGAAAGGAGGUCGCAGCAGGGGAGGACGAGGAACGGGGCAGACGGAGACGGAGGUCGAGGGAUGCUUGGAGAACGGGGAAGUGGAGAGCAAAGUCGAGAUGCGGCUUCGAGAUUGGCGCCGCAUGCGGACACUGCUUGCGCCGCUUUUGCCUUUGCGAAUGUUCAAAAGAAAAAAAACGGAGAAGAAAGAGGAGGAAGCGAGCUGUCUCUGCACGACUCUCCUUGGACUGUUCGUCCUCUUCGCGGCCUACGGCGAUGACGCUUGCUCUUGCGUCAGCAUCAGUCCAACGUGUACCUACGCAGUCUUCGGGAUGAACGAAAUCGUUCGGUGGGGAAGCGACUCCCUCAAAUGUCUCGGCGGCGAACGCGUCUCGCCCUCGCAAUUCGCGCCUCACAGAGCUUCUCACAGUUCUACAACUUUCUUCGUCAGUCGCCACCCUCUUCGCGCCUCUCGGAGAUCUCUGACAGAGGGAGGACGCAUUUUCGCUGGAGGCGGAGGCGUCGGCAUGGUGAUUUCUCUGGGCUGCGACGCCUACGCCGAUCUGCAGAGAUUCUUUUGCAUUCCUCUCUGGAAAAGCUUGGAGGCGAACUCGAUGGUCGUCGUUGACUUCGACGGCACCUUCCUUCUGUGCGUGAUGGGAGACUGCAUCUCGCGCUUUCGCUACUUCUACCUCGUGGAUCUGCGCGGCGCAUGCAGCCGAGAAUUCAAAGAGAACUACGGCUGGGCGGCGUCGCGUAAGAACUUGGUGCACAAGUUCGUGGCAUACAGACGGGAGGCGCCGAAACACUUCGCGCUGGCGAAGCUUUUCCGCAACUCGUUCGUGCUCGUUUGCGAGGACAGCUCCGCAAACCGGAUCGCGGUCUACGACGCCUCUGCCUCGAUUCUCCAACACAGCAAAGAACGGCAGAGACAUGCCGAGGAAGUUCGCCGCAAGCGAGAAUGCCAGAGCAAAGAAGAGGACGCAGAGCUCGAGGAUCUGCCACCCUGGGAUGAAGACGCCCUCUGCGACGACGCCGCAGAGGGCGGCAGCUGGGACGCCGACAACUUCGACCCAACGAAGAACCCAGUCAUGCCCAUCGAUCGCGCAUCUCCCGUGCACACUUUCUUGGGGCACUUGACAUCGAUCGUGGCUGUGGAUGCCAGCCGAGAGGACGAUCUGCUCCUCUCGCUCGGCUCCGACGCGAAACUGUUUCUCUGGCGAUGGAAAUUCACUGCCCCCCUCAUGGUCUUCGACUGUUCUCCGGCUUCCUUCAGUCUCGGCUGGCCUUGGGUUCUCGUGAGUCAUGAGGACAUGGUCGCCUUCUCUUGUGACCAUGGUGUUUACGCGAUGCAGCUGUCGCGCAACACGCAGCCGAGGUCGAGACGGAUGCCUCUGUCUCGGUCAGGGAAAAACGUUUCGAGUUUGACAGGCGGGGAUAUCAAGAGAGAGGUAACGGGGACUGUCCCAGCAGCGGAAACAGAGCCGUGCACGCGCGGGAACUAGCUUUUUUUUUACUUAGCUUUCCGCUCCUUUGGAUUCAAAAGAGUUUACGAAUGGUACGUCGUGUACCCGUUUGUUCUUAUUGGAGGGCCCAGUACAGUUGGCACGGGUGACUUGAGCGUGAGUAAAAGCGGUGCAGAGUUCCGCACGCAGGCUCUUGAAUAAGGACGGGACGUCCGGAGUUUUUGAUGCUAGAAAAAGGGAAAACGAAACGAAAGUUCUAGAUCGACAGGGAUCGCAUGCACAGGUAAAGGCUACGGACACAAACUAUCUGGCGCAUUGGUGUUACCCUUUUUUUUCUGUUCCGUGCCUCUCUGUGUUGCUCUGAAAAAAUGCGUAAACAUCACCGGAUUUUUUUGAGCACCUAGGGAAACCUACUGAACC